AUGCCAAGUCGUGAGGGCGUUACCUCGCAGUCAACGCUCACCGCCGUCAUUCGUCCUCCUUCGCCUACGGACAAGCCAUCUGCUCAGCUCUCUCUAGGUCCACAGCGGCCUGUCAUCACGCCGGCUCAGCCGUUCUCAAACGGCCGCACCGCUCCCUUCGCACCGCACAACGGAGAUGUCAUGGCUGGGCUUGGAGGGAAUGUCGGUUCCACCGGCAAGGGCAUCUUGAUCGGGAUUCUCUCUGCCUUUGGUUCCGCGGGUGUUGCAAUCGUUGUGCUUGCUGUUUUCUUCUUUUUCAGAUAUACUCAGCGGGGCCGCAUUAUACUUGACCGAAUCGGAAGGCCCGGUGAAUAUGAUGACGAACAGGCAUUCGCAAGAGAGGAAGCGGAGGCGUUGGAAACGAUGGAUGAAUUGCAACAGACGGAAUAUCUGAGGGCUAAGGCCUUCAUCCAAGCAAACCCCCCCGAGACGAUGCAAACAGAUAUUUCGCUAUCACAGUUCCUGGCCAUCCAAGAAAAGGGCGUUUCUGCGUGGGAAUUUGAACCAGAGCUUGAGAUUGCUAAUUGCUUCGUGGAAGCUCGAACCGAAAUCGAAUUCUUCGAUUCAGAGUGCAGCGUCCAGAGCAACCUGCCGGUCCCUAAACAAAACGAAGUUUAUUAUUGGGAAGCUAAAAUAUACGAUAAACCAGAAACCAGCCUUAUAAGCAUUGGCAUGACAACGAAACCAUACCCAUUAUUUCGACUUCCAGGACAUCGCCGCUAUAACCAGCCGUUCACGCCUACUGCUUACGGCCCUGAAUAUGUCCAAGGAGACGUGAUUGGUGUGGGCUAUCGGCCGCGCACGGGAACGAUAUUCUUCACCCGCAACGGGAAGAAACUUGAUGAUGCUGCACAGGGACUGAAGUCUCAAAACUUCUUCCCUACUGUUGGAGCAAAUGGACCCUGCACGGUCCAUGUGAACUUCGGGCAGAUGGGAUUUGUUUUCAUUGAGGCCAAUGUCAAAAAAUGGGGCCUCGCACCAAUGACAGGUAGUCUGGCACCUCCACCUCCCUAUGGAAGUGAGCAGGGCAGCAUUUUGCUGGAGACGGGCCGCGAGGGCCAUCACUCCUCUACGCAAUGGGGCCAGCACGAGUCGGGCCAUUCACGAACGCGCAGCGGCACGAUCCGAAUGCCGUACCCCGUGAGUCCCGGCCCCGUUCGAUCUCCCACAGAUAUUUCUCUCGCCCAACUCCCCCAUAUAUCGACCCAAAUAGAUGUUGGUGAAGGGUCAAGUGGAACGCCAAACGUGACAUAUGAGCGAGACGAUCGAACAACGCUACGACCCACUGAUGGGGUAAUAUCAGCUGUUCCACCUCCAGAAUACUCCAGCCCGCAACAGAGUCCGACCCACAGUGAGUACGGCGAGCGGCAUCCACCUGGGCGCGAUUCAAGAAGCCCCCCGAUCCCUAGCUACGAUGCAGCAGUAAGAAAUGACGGAGGCUCACGCGCACGGCAAGAUCUAUAA